AUGACAGCCUAUCUAGCUUCCUUGGUUCUGAUUGCAAUCAUUUUCAUGCACGGUUGCGAAGCAACAGACGUUCCACGCCAAGACCCGUCUCCUUUACCGAGUAGACAAAACGAAGACCAGCGUGACACGUAUGUCAAUGAUGCAGCUGAGGUCAAUGUCUCAAGAACACACCCAGAGUCGAACACCACUCAACCAACUGAACCCCCUCUCAUCGACAGAGGCUUGGUGUCUCGUCAACAAUACAAAAUAAUAAAAAUCACGCUUGACAUCGUCAUCAAACCAAUCGUCUGCCUGGUAGGACUUGUGUUAAACGUCAUCGGUAUAUGUGUACUUCUUCAACCAGCCUUACGGCACGGGUUUUACGUCUACCUAGCCGCAUUGUCCAUCGCUGAUUCGGGAUAUCUUCUGUGUGGACUUCUCCGCUCGGCAGUCAAGUUCUAUGGAUAUUUUGACCCAGUUGAAGCUACGAAUAUAGAAAACACCAUCAUACCCUACCCAGAUAAGCUGAUCGAGAUCGCAUUCUGUAAACUAGGCGCUUACUGCAUCAUGCUGUUCUCACUCGACCGAUUAAUCGCCAUUUUUCGGCCGCUCAAGGUCAAAGACUUUAUCCUAUCCCGCCAUUCCAAAUCCAUAUCCUUUACAGUGGGUAUCGUCAUCUUGGUGUUUCACAUCCCUAAAGUCACCAACUUCGAAUAUGCGACUCUAUUUGAUCAGGAAUUGAACAUGAGCUUCACGGGGUUAACUCCUGUCAGGCACGAAGACGGAAGCGUCAUGGCCACCGUGCUGACUGUUUACGACAUGACAUACGACAUCCUGUUUACGUAUCUUCCUCCUGUGUUCAUCUGUGUGGUGAACAUAUGUAUAAUAGUCCAGAUCCAGAAAAUCCGCAACUACAGGAAGCGCUUAAUGGCCGAAACUUCGAAUUCCAAUAAUAUUGAACAACAAAAACUAAUUAUUACCGUGUUCGUCAUAUCGGGGUUCUUUCUCAUGGUCUACAUUCCGUUGAUAGCGGUCCGCAACCUAACACAAAACGAUCCGGGUUAUCGCCCCUUUAAGCGUGAACAUUACCUCGUCAUGGUCUUUCCAUCGUUCAUUUCGUUGGGUUGGUCGAUCAAUGCUGCCAUCGACUUCACCGUUUAUUUGGGGACCAGCGUUCGUUUCAGGCUGGCCCUUUACAAAAUGUGUUGUGGGAGGCGAAGGAAUAUGGGAAAGAGACGCAGGUGUCCCGUGGGCCGGAAGAAAGGCUGCAGUCCUUCCACCAUCAGUCACACGGGCAGCAACUCCCCACAGAGCACGCGCAGUGAUAUCACUUCUGUUGUGAAAGGUAGUGAUAACGUUUGGGGACAACCAAGCAAUAUUCAUCCUGAAGGGUUGAAGGGACAGGAAGCUAUAAAUCACGAAUCCUAUUAG